AUGAAAGGAAGCAAGAAAAAAACAAAAACAUCAGAGAUCCCUGACAUCAGAAACCGCAAAAUUCGUAUAGCGAAAAACUUUUUCUCGACGCCUCGUAGUACACGUUUUUCCAACAAGAAGAAGACAAAUUUCGCUACAAGAAGAAGAAAUGAAAACUUUUUUCUCGCCGACAAAAGAGAAAUGAGUGGAGGCAACGACGACAGAAAAGUUUUGAAUUUCUUCAAGAAUCUCUCGAUUUCACAAUUUUGA